AGAAAGCAAAUACAAAAGCAGAACAGAACUUUGGCAUCGACUUCUCUGAAUUUCAACGGUUCACAUUCACUUGAAUCGUAGAAAUCCAACAAAAUAAAACUCUCUGUACAGUCUCCCUUCACGUCCAUCAACCCUUACCUUUAUUCUUUUUUAGUCAAUUCAUUACUUAUUGCUGUUCAAAACUUUAUCUGGGUUAAGCGUAUUUUUGCUAUUUAUUCCCUCCAUAGCUCGCAAAAUUUUGAUUUGCAAACGGGGUUUUGAACCUUUUUCUGUUUUUUCAACUGGGUUUCUGGGGAGUUAGUUUUUUUUGGAGAUUUCGAGGCGCUGUUUUUGGGGAAAAUAUGAUGACUUUUAAGGAGUUUUGGACAAAGAAGACAUUUGUCGGACUUGUUUUGGGACAAUUUCUUUCACUUUUGAUUACUUCUACUGGCUUUUCUUCUUCUGAAUUAGCUAGAAAAGGAAUUAAUGCGCCAACAUCGCAGUCGUUUCUCAAUUAUGUGUUGCUAGGUAUUUUCUAUGGAAGUUACAUGCUUUACAGGAGGCAACCACUUAAGGCAAAAUGGUAUUACUAUGUAAUCCUUGCUCUGGUUGAUGUUGAGGCCAAUUUUCUUGUGGUGAAGGCUUACCAGUACACUUCUCUAACCAGUGUCAUGCUAUUGGACUGUUGGUCAAUUCCAUGCGUGAUGGUUUUUACCUGGAUAUUCUUAAAGACAAAAUACAGAUUCAAAAAGAUAACUGGUGUACUUGUUUGUAUAGCUGGGCUUGUCUUGGUUGUGUUUUCAGAUGUUCAUUCAGGAGACCGAGCAGCUGGGAGCAACCCUCGUUUAGGAGAUGGACUUGUGAUAGCUGGGGCAACAUUAUAUUCCAUUAGUAAUGUCAGUGAGGAAUUUCUUGUGAAGAAUGCUGAUAGAAUUGAACUAAUGUCAUUUUUAGGCAUCUUUGGUGCCAUCAUCAGUGCUGUCCAAAUAAGCAUACUUGAGCGUGAUGAGCUGAAAUCUAUUCACUGGACUGCUGGGGCGUCUCUUCCAUUUUUCGGAUUUGCGUUGGCUAUGUUUCUGUUUUACUCAUUCGUCCCCGUCUUGCUGAAGAUGAGUGGGUCAACAAUGCUUAACCUUUCAUUGCUAACCUCAGACAUGUGGGCUGUUGUGAUUCGUAUCUUUGCUUAUCAUGAGAAGGUUGAUUGGAUGUACUUUGUUGCCUUCGCUGCUGUUGCUGUUGGGCUUGUUAUUUAUUCUGGAGGUGACGGAGAAGAGGAUCAACACCUCGCUGAGGUUGUUGAUGAAGAAGCCAUACAAGGCAACAAGAGUUUUGACGGGGAGGGAAGUUCAGCAAAUCGCAGAGCUAUUGCUGGGAGCACAAGGAUGUCGAGGGACACUGGGGAGAAGCAAUAAGACUAUGAGAAAUGGCAAGAAACAAUGACAUACAUUCUGUUUCCUGGGAAUGGUGAAAGACACAGAUUGAUUAUAUGUUGCAAAACACUGCCACUGUCGACAAAAGUGGAAAGCGCUGCUGUGCCAUUUGAUUGUGAUUCGAAUUCAAGUUAUCCAAUAAACAUUCUGGGGAAAUUUUGUGAAUGCAAAAUUGUUAUUUCUGUUUGA